CCACCACGCAAUUCAAUUUACUCGCGUCACCUUCCAAUAGCAACAACUCUUUUACCCAAAAUUCAAGAAAUUGACGAUAUACAAUCCUCCUCAUAUCCACACCCGUCUUUUUGAGUGUGCUCCGCAGAGCAUACUCGCGAAAUUCAUGACACAAAAUCUACAUUCAUAAUUGUUGCAGCGAUGCCAGCGCCGGGGGAACAGCACAACGGCAUAUCCAACCCUUUCGAGGAGGCCAAACCUCACAUAUCCGAAUAUACAGCCAUCGAGAUCGCUACAUUACAAUCGCGAUUAGAGAAACAAUUAGGUCCCGAAUAUCUUUCAGCACGCAGUGGUCCUUCUGGUCAGAAGGUUCAUUACAUCGCCGCCGAGAAAUGUAUCAAUCUCGCAAAUGAGGUUUUCGGAUUCAAUGGCUGGUCCUCUAGCAUCCAAAAUAUCCAAGUCGACUUCGUAGACGAAAAUCCCCAAACCUUUAAGAUUUCCCUUGGUUUGUCCGUUAUAAUUCGAGUAACGUUACGCGAUGGUACGUAUCACGAGGAUAUUGGAUAUGGGCAUAUCGAGAAUUGCAAAGGAAAGGCGGCUGCCUUUGAAAAAGCGAAGAAGGAGGGGACCACAGAUGCGCUCAAGAGAGCCUUGCGGAAUUUCGGCAAUGUUCUUGGUAACUGCAUCUACGACAAAGAGUACCUAUCUAAGGUAACUAAGAUGAAAGUCGGGCCUGUUAAAUUCGACGAGAAGAACCUGCAUCGCCAUUCGCACUUCGCCAAGAAAGAGGCAGAUGUUGUAAAGGUCGAACCUAAGGAAAGUGUGGACAAGGGUACGGAAAAGAUGACGGCGCAUGUUUCGGACUUGCUCGACGAGGAGUUUGGGGAAUUUGAUAUGGCCGAUUUUGGAGUUACAGACGAGGGUCACCCCGACGAGGUGGUGUUACCCGGCUCUCAUGGAACCAAUUCAAAUGAGAAGUCUCAAUAUUUACCUGCCGGUAAUACCAGUGAUCGCAAUACUUCAUUUACAAACAGUGCUUCAAGGCCUAUGCAACCACCUCCGAGACCGGCUGUACAACCUUCUAGACCCCCUCAAACUCCGACUCAGCAAACACCUCAGCGACCGGGCGUCCCUUUUCAAGGUCGUCCUAAUCCGCAACAUCCUAGACCCCCUAGUUUUAACAACGCAGCCCAGCAAGCAGCAACUAACAGUAGAACGAACCCCCCACCGCCGACUGCUGCGGCACCAACGGAGCCAGUCUCAUUUUUCUCAGCCCGGUCUAUUAAGGCUCCGCCGGGGGCUGCGGAUCCAGAUACUCUCAUCGUCCCACCACAGGGCGCUAGGUUAUUCGACCCUCGCUCAGAAAGUCCUUCGAUCCGAAAAACGCCCGGUAUCGAUCACAACUCUUCCAAGCCGGUAUCAAGAACCGGACAGCAUGUUCCACCCGUCAAGAGAGAUCAAGACCCGCAACGCAGUUCAACAAGUUCUUCAGCCGCCAGUGGCUUCUCUAAUGCAUCUAGCUCGGGUCCCAGCAGACCGACCGUGGGCGCUGUCGGCAGCCCCGCGAUGAACCAUGCUAGACAGAUUGGUGCCCCCGGCGGUGUGGGAAGCCCUUUAGCAAAUAGGGGACAGUAUCGACCAUUGACAGUCAAACGGCCAGCUCCAUCGGGACCCGAGGCAGGCAAUAGGACGCCACUAACGGAAGUAACGACGAACGGCCCUCCCCAGGGCGUAAAUGGCGGCGGAGGAACGGAUCCUAAAAGACAGAGAGUAUCCUAAUCAGGAUGGCAAACGAAUACUUUAAAAUGCAGUCUUGCUUGUAUUCUACGGGUUUUACGGACACAGGUUUUUUUAGGCGGUAAUGUUCGGCGUUUUGGAGUACAUCCGCUAAGGGAUUCGGCGGAAAGCUGUCACUAGACCCAUAAUGUGUUGGCCUUCCGUUUAGUUGUAUGGCCACUGGACGUUAUAGAUGAAUUCUUCCAGAUGUCAAUAGACACGAUAGAAGCAGGAAGCAGCCCUGGAAGGUUUUCAACCCCUGUCCUUCAGCUACCCGGAAGUAAUGAUUUCCAUUGAGUGACUUGAUUCGAUUCGAUAUUUUCACAAUAAUCCCUUAAAAUGACAUCUACAUUGGGUGAAGUUGAGUAGAACCAUAGUACAUGACAAGGCGUUCGCCGAUGCCUCACCAUUCAUCGAAGUAGUAAGAAACUCGGGAGAAACAUAAUACCGUUCGAUUGGUAAUAAUCGCGGUCACCAGAAUUAUGACUCCAAUGUUAAAAGAAUACCCGAGGAAGGACAAAUGUUGCGAGACGAGACGUUUUAGUCAUG